AUGGCCAGACAAGAAGGGCAGCUGCUGAUUAAUUUGAAAACGAGCUAUCCCGAUGAGCGAUGGCGCUGCAUUUCUGAGGAGCAGGAAAGCUGUGCCAAGCGCCGGGAUGAGAACGGGCCCAGCGCUAAGAAAGCUCUGCUGAAUUUUGAUGGGGGAGCAAAGGAGACCCCUCUGAACGCGGAGGAGCACAACAUCCAAGAUGCCGCUGCCAGGUUUUUAAAGAGAGACAAACUGAUGUUUGAGGGGGUGCUGGAUCUCACAGAGAUGACACGUAUUGAAUUCAAGAACUUCUCUACAGGGAAUAUCUUGGAAUACAUUAGAAAAACCCUUCCAAAUUACAUCUCUGCCUUUGCAAACGCUCAGGGUGGUUAUUUAUUUUUUGGAGUGGAUGACAGCAGUAAAGUCAUUGGAAACUGUAGUGGAGUGAAGAAAGAAGCUUUAGAAAAAACAGUAGCUGAUACCGCGGGCUCGAUGCCCGUCCAUCACUUCUGCGGCUCUCAGGCUGACGUGCAGUUUAAGACUUCCAUCCUGAGCGUUUACGACAGAGCAGAACGCUUGCAGGGCUACGAACGCGCUGUGCGAGCUGAAGCGCUUUGCCGUGCUGUUUUCCACGAUAACCCCGAAUCCCGGAUUGUGAUGGGCGACACAAUCGAAAGACGGAGCGUCAGAAAAUGGACGGAGCUCGUGACAGCUGCAGACCCGGUGGGUUCUAAGGAAACCAAAUGGAAGCCAGAAACCAUCUGCGCCGACCUGUUCUCAGAGUAUCCUGCAUUAGAGGAUUUAAUGAAAAAACAAAUCCAUCCACUUAACACGGGGGUACCGAUAUUUUCAAGGAGUUGGGCUGUUGACGUUGGAUUGCGGAAAAAACAGGAUAUUGUGUGUGAUGUUCUUUUAGUAGCUGAAAAUGCAUAUCCAGUAUUGUAUACUGUAGUCAAGGACGCCUCUUUGGCUGAGUCUGGAAACUCGAGAGAAGCUGCUUACGCGUUAGAGCAGAAACUAGUCCAUGAUGGGGGAGAUGCUUCCAAAGAUGACAUCGUCCCCUGCAGGGACGUCCCCGCGCUCCUGCGUGCACCAGUGAUUGUUGUGCUGCGCUUUAAGUCCUGCUUAAGCGACGAUCUCGGCUGUGAGAUUUUCAGCCUUCUCACUCCCAAACAGUAUGAGCUGCUCUCCGAGAACCUGCACAAAGUCAAGGAGCAGUUUGUCCUUGGUCUUCCUGGAACAGGGAAAACAACUGUGGCUUUGGAGAUCAUUAAGAGAAUAAGAAACAUUUUCAGCUGUUCUGCAGAAGAGAGACUCUACAUUUGCGAAAACGAAGCCUUGAAGAAGUUUGUGGGAGAUAGGACCUGCCGGUCGGUGACACGUACUGCCUUCCUACAUGGGAACUUCCCAGAAGUGAAACACAUUGCGGUUGAUGAAACUCAGAAUUUUUUCAAGAAAAAAAGUGGCAUUUUCUGGGUCUUCCUGGUUUCCUUCCAGUCCACUCACCCGUAUGGUUGUGGUCUUAACUUUUCAGAGCUAUAUCCUUGGGAAUGGUUGACCAAAGUGGUCCGUAAUGCCAGACAAAUAAGGAACUGCAGGGUGAGCUGUGCCUUGCGGCCCGCGGAGGAUGCUUCAGCAAACGUCAUUGUUCUCGACAGCAUCCGACGCGUCUCAGGCCUCGAGAGGAGGAUUGUGUUUGGCAUAAACCCUGUCCCUGCACAAGAGGAGAUAACUCUCAAUCUUUGGCUCUGCGCGGCAUCCAGAGCCAACACCAAACUCCAUUUGCUGUAUGACAAAGAAAAUACGUUAUUUAGAGAUGUGUUUUUAAACGUUUAUUCUGACCUACUGCUACGGACACCAGAAUGCUUCGCUCAUUUUUUGUUCGGUGAUAUUAUAGGGCAGCCUUAA